CUUGGUCAUGUGAUGUUGUUAGCCGAGCAGCUGCGACUGAUCUGAAUGCUAGGGCACCACGCUCUCACCAGAGGAAGACAAUUUACCCAGUGAGCGAGGAAAACGUGGACUUCCAUUUUCGUUUAUUUGGAAUAUCACUAAAAAAGACUGAACUCAACAAACAACCGACGCUUGUGCUGUCCAGGAGACCCGUCGGAGAUACAGCUAUACUGGGCAGUGAGAACCACACACAGAGUUUUCUACCUGAAUCAACUGAACAGAAGCCCUGAACAUGUCUUACGGGUCCAUUGAUGGAGGAGCCUUUGGGAGCAGGAACCCUUUUGGAGGCCCUUCCAGACAAGGCUACCAGCCUGUUGCCACACAGGUGAGCGCCUCCGAACUGCAGGAUGUGUUUCAGGAGACCUCCUCCAACAUCUUCCAGAUCAACGCUAAUGUGGUGGCCUUAGAGAAGAGCCUGCAGUCCCUGGGUACGUCCAGAGACACUGCUGAACUGCGACAGAGCCUACAUUCCAUGCAGCAGCAAACCAACAAAGUCAUCACAAGCACAAGUCAACUCAUCAAACAGCUGUCUGAUAUCAUCAGUAGCUCUUCACGGCAAGACCGGCUGCGUCUGACCAGGCUGAAGACAGAACUGUCCGAGUCAGUGCAGCGCUAUGGGGACCUGCAGAAGAAAAUUGCGGACCGUUCGAGGGCCCUACUCCCUCCAGCACAGAAAGACAGGAAGUCAGCAACGAGUCCACAGACGCCAUUUACGGAGCUAAGUGAGGAGGGGGCGUUGUUUGCGGCGGCCGGAGGGAGCGAGGGGGAGCAGGCCUUCCUGUCGGAGAUCAGCGAGGAGGACGUGGAGGCCCUCCGGCAGAGAGAGGAGGCGCUGCUGCAGAUCGAGAGAGACAUGCUGGACGUGAGCACUAUCAUGAAGGAACUGGCCAGCAUGGUGCACGAGCAAGGAGACACCAUAGAUAGCAUUGAGGACUACAUCCAGACCACAUCAUCACACGUGGACCUGGCUAAUCAGGAGCUGGCCAAAGCCAGUCAUCACCAGAGGCAACUGAGGAAGAGGAAAUGCUACCUGCUGUUGGCUGGAGCUCUGCUGUUAACCCUCCUCAUCAUCAUCAUCGCCAUCUCAGCAAGAAAAUGAGACGUAGCCGGCAAGAAUCGUACUCAGCUGAAACAAGAUGGUUGCCUGUCCCUCGCCCUCUGAUGAUGAACAGCGGCUUCUUCUUCUUCUGACCGAGGGAACUGCUUCUGACCGCUGAGUUCUUCUGAAUGUGUGUGUCCUCAUGACCCCGCAUCCUUUUAAACAAAACAAACAAAAAAAUACUUCUGGACUGUCCAGUUUUUCUGUGUGACCUUGUGACCUUUGGCCAUCUGCUAUCCAUAUCAGCCGCCAGUGCCCAACUGGUACCAGCUUUAAAAUCUCCGACAUGUUAGCUCGAUGGUGUUUUGAGUCCCCAACGUCGUUUUCCAGGCAGCACUACCUCUGACCUACCCCUGACCCUAACCUUAACCCAUGCCUAACCCUAGGGCCCUCCAGGCAGUGCUGCCUUGAAGACAACGUAAGGGGCUCAAAACACCAAGAAACGACAUGUUAUGGGGCUUUUCCAUUGUAUGGUUUCAGCUCGACUCGACCUGACUCUACACGGUGUUUGUUUUCCACUGCAACAGAGCUAGCCGAUUGCCAUAGCAAUGCUAAAGAAAACAACUGUAAUGUCAUUAGCGUCACCUUUUGGUACCGGCUCAGCUCGCCUGGAACCUCAAUGGAGGUGAUACCAAAAAUAGUACCAUUGCUAAUGGGAAACCCCCCAAAAAAGUUGAGUCGAAUCGAGGUGAGCUGAGCUAAUACCAUGCAGUGGGAAAGCCAAAUCAGUUUUCAAGCCAUUUCAUUCAACAUGAAACCUGUGUUAUCACUCCACUCUGCCGACUAUGACUUUAGUCCAGGCAGUCUAGCUUUCCAUUGAACAUAUUCCGAGUGCUGAAACGUAUUCAGCUUGCUCUGUGUGUAUUUACUUCUUGUCCUUGCUGACCUAUUCAAGGCAGGAAACGUACAGUGUAAAUCUGAUAAAGUAGAUCGCAGAGAGAGGGUCACAUAUAUCAGGCGAAAUCUAUUUCUGUUUAAGGACACUAUUAAGGUUAUUCAAUCAUCUCCUGUAUGACAUGAACAUAACUUUAGCUUCCGGCAGUUCAGCAGCGUAGUGGACAUACCUUUUCUUCUGCUUCUGUAGUUCUUUUGUUUGUUACUCAUACAGUAGAUUGUUUGGAAUCCAUGCCACUGAACUACAGUCAAUUAUAAUGUGUUCUGGCUAUGUGUAAUAUGACAUACUAGGGCUGAGAUGGUGGACAAUCUGCUGUAUACAUACUGUAUAUUUAUUAAGCUGUAAAAUAUAUAUAUCAAAACUGUUUAUUUAUUCAUUGUAUGUUUUCAUUUUAUCUGGUUAUUUGUGAAAUAUUUAUAGACAUUGUGCUCUGCUACCAAAACAAAUAGUUGUACAAGAAAUUGUUUUCCUUUGCAUUAUUUAAAAAGUGAGUUGAUGUAAUGUGUUUUUGUCAUUUGCUGUCUUGUUUAUUUUUUGUAUUAUAAGAUUGUGAAUCAAAACUGUUAUUGGGUAUCAUGGGCUGUGAUAGCUCAAAAAAAGGUGUUUUCCUCUUAUUCACCUGUAAAGCUGUCUUUGUCUUCAACAUCCAAAAAGACCAGAAACAUUUGAUUUAAGAUGAUGUGAGCAUUUAUUUGUGUUUCAGUAAAGACCAUACUGUACAAGCAACA